CUGGAAGGAAGAAGCAAGCAGAGUAUCUUUUUGUGCGGUCUCUUUUCUCUCUUUCCAUUCUCCGAUUCUGCAUCCGAGUUGACUCAGCGCCAUGGACGACCACCAAGAGCAACAAGAACGUCAACCUAACGCUUCCAACACCGACCCUUUUCUCCUCAACUACACAACUUCCGAUCUCAGAACAGCUUCUGAGUUUCUUGCCACCUGGCUUCCCUUCCUCUCGCGAGAUCUCUGCACCGGCUGCACCGAAUCACUCUCCGAUCGCAUUCGCUCCAUCGACCCAGGUCACAAAACCCUCACUUUCCUUCUAAAUUCUCGAGUUUUCGAACUGGGGCCUCAAAACGACACCGUCGACGAGGUAAACGAUGGUGAAGAUAACUGUGACGCACAUUCUCUUGGGAGUUGGAAAGAUGGAGCAGAGGUGACUUCUAAUGUGGAGAGUCCAAACCCAAGAAUGUCUUGGGCCGAUAUGGCCCAAGAAGAUGAUGAGUUUGGUGAAGAAGAGCAUGAACCUAAUGAUAACAAUAAUAAUAGCAACAACAAUGGUGUUAAUGUUGUGGUCGCUGAUUCAAAUGCUUUUGAAGUGACUAAGGUUGUUGCUGAGAAACCUACUUUGCCUAGGGAGCAGAGGGAGUACAUAAGGUUCAUGAAUGUGAGGCGUGAGAAAGACUUCUUUUGCUUUGAGAGGGUUAAUGGGAAGCUUGUGAAUAUUCUUGAAGGAAUUGAACUCCACACUGGGAUUUUUAGUGCUGCCGAGCAGAGAAGGAUUGUUAAUUAUGUUAGUUCUCUGCAGGAGAAGGGCAAAAAGGGUGAAUUGAAAGAUCGGACGUUUUCUGCUCCACAGAAGUGGAUGAGGGGCAAGGGACGUCAAACCAUCCAAUUUGGGUGCUGUUACAAUUAUGCUGUGGACAGAGAUGGCAACCCUCCUGGUAUUCUUCAGAAUGCAAUGGUAGACCCUAUACCUCAUCUUUUCAAGGUCAUCAUUCGACGCCUGAUAAAGUGGCAUGUACUCCCUCCUACUUGUGUGCCAGAUAGUUGCAUUGUUAAUAUCUAUGAAGAAGGGGACUGUAUACCUCCACAUAUAGAUAACCAUGACUUUGUUCGACCAUUUUGCACUGUCUCUUUUCUUAGUGAAUGCAAUAUAGUUUUUGGAUCAAACUUAAAGAUUGUGGGCCCUGGUGAAUUUGAUGGUUCAUUUGCUAUUCCCUUACCUGUGGGAUCUGUACUUGUCUUAAAUGGAAAUGGAGCUGAUGUAGCUAAGCAUUGUGUGCCUGCAGUUCCUAUGAAAAGGAUAUCAAUAACAUUUAGAAGAAUGGAUGUAUCCAAGCGGCCAAAUGGGUAUGUUCCAGAACCUGAUCUUCAAGGGAUCCAACCAUUGGUCUAUGAAUUUGAACAGGAAAAAAAGUCAAGUGGACACAGACCUAAUCGUCAUCUGAAGAGACAUAAUAAGGACAGGAGAGGUGGCAGGAAUGAUGCAAUGGGAUCUGCAACUAGAAGUGAUAGGUUUGUGGAGCCUCGUGAGUCGAAUCAAAGUUCACCAAGACCCGCAAAUAGGUGGAGUAGAGUAAAACCUGGAAGUUGACAGAUGCCGAGUUAUUAGGAUCCAAGGCUCCUGUUGGUUCAACAAGUUUGUCAUGGAGGUAUCUUCACUUUGGUUUCUGGGGAAGCUUUACAAAAGCAGCAAUUUUACUAUCACUGCAUGCACAAAUUGUGGAGUUGUGGUGCUGCUUUGGUUACUUUAUUUCCUAAGCCUCAGGCACUAGUGUAUAUUUGAGUGAUCUUUCAAGUCAAUAAUGGUUGCAAUUUGGUGAGAAUUUGUCAUUAUUCGUCUGUUUUUUUAGUACCAAGCUAAAAUGUGGCUGGGUUAUAUAUAAGGCCUUCAGUUUUAUUUUUAAGCUUGAUACUUCAUACGGUACUGUUGACUAAAUAGAAAAUAUUCAUUGGAGAGUGAGAGGUUCUACAUUAUUUGUAUUUACACAAUAUACUUGGGUGGAUAUACACCACAUUAAUUACGAUUGUUUUAUGAAGGUUUUGGUAUAUAUGC